AUGACUUUCCACCUCCAUGGUCCCUGGGCGCGGGAGGCAGGCGCGCAUGCGCCCAACGUGCUUGGGAGCGCCGGGACAAUAAUGGCUCAUCGGUUGGCGGCGGCGGCGGCGGUUCUGGCGCCUCCUGUGGCCGCCUUGCUCGGGGGCCGCUGCCGGGGCCGCGGGCUGGCUGGUCUCGGGGGGCUGGCGCCGGCCCUGCAGGCUUUGAGAAGGAAGAUGAGACGAGCCAGAGAACAAAGGACACUGCCCCUGAACGGGAAGGGAGAGUUCCCCUGGGACAAUAAGGACUUCCGGUACCUGGCUGUCAUGGCGGCUGGCGUUGCCUCAGGCUUCCUGUACUUCUACUGGCGAGAUCCUGGCCGAGAGAUCAACUGGAAACACUUCGUUCAUUACUACCUGGCCAGGGGAGUGGUGGAACGGCUGGAAGUGGUGAACAAACAGUUUGUGCGGGUGUUCCCUGUCCCUGGAGCAGCCUCAGAGAAGUAUGUCUGGUUCAACAUCGGCAGCGUGGAUACGUUUGAGCGGAACUUGGAGACGGCUCAGCUGGAGCUGGGGAUCGACAGCAGCCACCAGGUUUCUGUGGUCUACAGCACAGAGAGCGAUGGCUCCUUCCUCCUGAGCAUGGUCCCCGCCCUGCUGCUGGUGGGCUUUUUGCUGUUCACUUUGAGACGCGGACCGAUAGGCGGCGGGCGUGGCGGACGAGGGGGAGGGAUCUUCAGCGUUGGCGAGACCACUGCCAAGAUCCUGAAAGAAAAUGUUGACGUGCGGUUCAGAGAUGUGGCCGGUUGUGAAGAGGCCAAGCUGGAGAUCAUGGAGUUUGUCAACUUCCUGAAGAAUCCCAAGCAGUACCAAGAUCUUGGGGCCAAGAUUCCAAAGGGUGCAAUGCUGACCGGCCCUCCAGGCACAGGGAAAACCCUCUUGGCCAAAGCUACUGCUGGGGAAGCCAACGUCCCCUUCAUCACAGUGAAUGGCUCCGAGUUCCUGGAGAUGUUUGUCGGCGUUGGACCUGCAAGGGUCCGGGACAUGUUUGCCUUGGCACGGAAGAACGCCCCCUGCAUCCUCUUCAUUGACGAGAUCGAUGCUGUUGGCAGGAAGCGGAGCCAUGGGAAUUUGGGGGGUCAGAAUGAGCAAGAGAACACCCUCAACCAAUUGCUGGUGGAGAUGGAUGGGUUCAGCAGUGACACCAAUGUGGUGGUCCUCGCAGGCACCAACCGUCCCGAUGUCCUAGACCCGGCGCUGAUGAGACCAGGACGCUUUGACCGGCAGAUAUAUAUUGGCCCACCAGACAUCAAAGGCAGAGCAUCUAUUUUCAAAGUCCACCUCCGACCACUCAGACUGGACGUGGACAUCAGCAAGGAUGCUCUGGCUCGAAAGAUGGCUGCCUGGACUCCUGGAUUCACAGGUGCUGAUAUUGCCAACGUGUGCAACGAGGCUGCCCUGAUUGCUGCCCGCCUCUCCAGCCCCACUGUGGAUGCCAAGCACUUUGAGCAGGCCAUCGAGAGGGUGAUUGGGGGGCUCGAGAAAAAGACCCAAGUCCUGCAGCCAGACGAGAAGGCCACAGUGGCUUACCAUGAGGCUGGUCAUGCUGUGGCUGGGUGGUUCCUGGAGCACGCUGACCCCCUGCUGAAGGUCUCCAUCAUCCCCCGGGGUAAAGGAUUGGGCUACGCGCAGUACUUGCCCCGGGAGCAGUUCCUCUACACCCGUGAGCAGCUGUUCGACCGCAUGUGCAUGAUGCUGGGCGGCCGUGUCGCCGAGCAGCUGUUCUUCGGCCGUAUCACCACUGGUGCCCAGGAUGACCUCCGGAAAGUGACCCAGACUGCCUAUGCUCAGAUCGUGCAGUUUGGCAUGAGCGACAAGCUGGGCCAGGUCUCCUUCGCCCUCCCGCAGCCAGGGGAGCUGGCACCCGAGAAGCCCUACAGCGAAGCCACGGCGGAGCUGAUUGAUGAGGAGGUGCGAGCCUUGGUUCACGCAGCCUACAAGAGGACCCUGGAGCUGCUGACCAGCUGCCGUGAGCAGGUGGAGAAGGUAGGACUUCAUCUCCUGGAGAAGGAGGUCCUGGAGAAGGCUGACAUGGUGGAGUUGCUGGGGCCCAGGUCCUUUGCUGAGAAGUCCACCUACGAGGAGUUUGUUGAGGGGACUGGGAGCUUAGACGAAGACACCUCCCUUCCCAAGGGCCUGAAGGACUGGAACGUGGAACGGGAGGAAGAGAGCCCAGAGGAGAAAGCUCAGAGGAAAGCCCCCUAG